CAACACAUAAUACAUUAUACGUCCAAAAUUAUAACAGUCCCAACAUGAGUUUCAAGAACAAAGUGGUGCUGAUCACUGGAGGUAGCGCCGGGAUCGGAGCAAUUACUGCUGAGAAAUUUGCUAAAGAAGGCGCCAGCAUCGCCAUCACAGGAAGGAACGAGGCUGGGCUCAAAGCAGUAGCGCAGCGGUGUGAGCAACUCGGCAGCAAGACUCUCAUCAUAAAAGCAGAUGUGGCCGACGACGCACAGGCACAGACUAUAGUCAAGAAGACGAUUGAAGAGUUCGGCAGACUAGACAUCCUUGUCAAUAACGCUGCCAUACUGAAAAAUACAACACUUACAAGCCCUGAUGUUAUGAAGAUUUACGACGAAGUGACUAGUGUUAACCUACGUGCAGUGGUGCAUAUGACCAGUUUGGCGGCGCCAUACUUGAUCAAAACAAAAGGAAACAUCAUUAACAUCUCCAGCAUACUCGCUAAGACGUACGUCCAGACACCACAGCUGAUGAUGUACUGUCUCUCCAAAGCAGCUUUAAAUCAUUUCACCCAUGGUGCAGCUUUAGAGUUAGCAGCUUCUGGCGUCCGAGUGAAUAUUGUUAGUCCAGGCCCUGUACGUACUAACAUGCUGACGAACUUGGAGGUUGAUAAGGUAUGGGAAACUACUCUGGAAGACACUGCUCUCAAGAGAAUAUCUGAACCUGAGGAAGUAGCUGAUGUGAUCCUGUUCCUGGCUAGUGAUAAAGCUAAAGGCGUUACAGGCUCUGAAUAUGGUGUGGAUAAUGGAGUACCCUUAAAGUUCUAAAUUAUUAUUAAGUUUAUGAAAUAUAUUAUGUUAAGUAAGUGAUCUAACUAAAGGACCUAAAAGUGUAUCUAGUAAUAAAUCAAACAUUUAACACUAAGGUUUAAGCUUUUGAUACUAGUUGUCAUAUUUUUCUAAAAAUCUAAAAUAAAUUUAGUGUUAUUAUGCAAUGCAAUUACAAAGCCGAUAGCUUCAGCAUUGGUCUGUUUUCACAUUUUUUUUGUAGUUUAAUUGUCAGCGUUUAAAUCUUCAGUGACUGUAUUAGAGUCUUCUUCACCAAAUGCUAUUAUAUACAGCAAUAUCACAAAUCACAUAUGAAAUAUGUGAAAUACAUCAUCUAUCGGAUAUCGAUCGGUCGAUACCGAUCGACAUCCUGUGAUUCAAACAUUACAUAAAGACAUUUUCUUUGUAACUUACCAAUCGCCGAUUAUAAAUG